AGUGGCUUUAUAAUUUAUGAAAACUGGUGUUAUAAGAUUUGAAAAUUAUUGUGUUAUUAUAGUGAUGUGGUAAAGAUGUGGUUUUUGUGAAUAUAUUUUUGUGCCGUUUGUUCUUUCAAUCGAGGAUGUCGAGCUAUGGCAGUAUCUCUCCCUCGGACGAAGGCUUCGACCGAUAUGAGCCUCCCUUCUAUUGUCCACCUAGUCAUCAAGGCAGCCCCAUGGACGGCGGAGUGUACUGGCCCGGGGUCGAGCCCGAGUUCGACUCCCGGGACGUGUACCACGAUAACCAGCACUACAUCUCCAGGAGCUACGGUUACGACGACGUGAACAUGUCCAACGACCCCUACGACGGCUUCCAGAACGUGCACCAGAACUACAUGCAGAACAACACAGUGGACUGCGAACUCCAGCUCCCCCGCUACCCCCGCCCCGCCGCCCCCUCCUUCGUCCGCGUCGUCAAGCGACGCAGCACAGCUAAUAAGAAGGAGCGCCGGCGCACGCAGAGCAUUAACACUGCCUUUACGGAUCUGAGGGAGUGUAUACCUAAUGUGCCGCCUGACACCAAGUUAUCUAAGACGGCAGUGCGGUCGGCGGGCGUGAACGCUGCGUUCUCGUUGCUGCGCGCACGCAUCCCGCGCGUCGCGCCCGACACUAAACUAUCCAAGAUCAAAACGCUUCGGCUGGCCACCUCCUACAUCUCCUACCUUCUCAAGGUGCUGGAGACGGAUGGGGAGCCGGCAGGAGGCUUCAGAGCUGAGCUGCAUCACGCACCACCGCGCCGGAGAGCUGACACACAGAGCACAGCAGAGAAGAGAGGGAACGGGCGGACGGGCUGGCCGCAGCACGUGUGGGCGCUGGAGCUCAAAACAGAACAGAACCUGAAGACUUAAUUCUAGUCAGGCGUGGCUCACUCCGCGAUCGCGUCGCUACAAUAAGUACAUGCGGCCCACACCAAUUUUGGUGUCUAGCCAUAGUAGUUGCCGCGCACCGCUACGGAACGGACACCUGCUCGCGCUUGCGCUACCUAGCGGUCAUAUCUGUCCUAAUAGGCGCGUUUUGUUAGAGAGUGAACCUUCUGUACCAAGUACUAUUAUUUAUUCUGUGCUCUAGGUCUAGACCCAGAGCUUGUGACAGUUGCGACAUUAUAGUCGAGUCGAAUAAUGGUCCCUAUGUCAGUUCCUCCAAGUUUCUUUUUUGUUGGCCUUAAUUUAGAAAAAAUAUUGAAGAAAUUAUGUAUUUACCAUUUUUCUUACUUAAAUGUUACAUUUCAAUAAAAUAAAUUACAGUGUCUGUCUGAAAGACAUCGCAAAUUGAAUACCAAAUGUUGUAGCCCGUAGUUUUUAUAGGGUGCCGUACCCAAAGGGUAUAAAAACGGGACCCUAUUACUAAGACUCCGCUGUCCGUCUGUCUGUCACCAGGCUGUAUCUCUUGAACCGUGAUAGCUAGACAGUUGAAAUUUUCACAGAUGAUGUAUUUCUGUUGCCGCUAUAACAACAAAUACUAGAAAGUACGGAACCCUCGGUACGCGAGUCCGACUCGCACUUAGCCGGUUUUUGGAAUUGCCCGACAUUCUGAACUUUUUCGAAUUACUCUAACUCUAAUACACCUUAGUUAUGAAAUAAGAUACAUUAGAGGUGCCGACGUGACAUAACUCAAAAUAUUUUUGAGACAAAAUAGGAAUUGAGUUCAUAUUCUGCCAAAAAACAUUUCGCAUGUUUUCA